UUGGUGAAGGGUGAGUAAGAAAUCUAAAGAAGGAAGAUUUGGGGAAGAUCCACAAACGCUUUGCAUGAUGUGUUCAGAUGGAUCUGGGAAUGUCUUAUGCCUGAUACCCUAGAAGGCUGCUGCAAGUCAGAGCAGCAAAUACUGGGCUAGAUCAUGUGCCAGGGGCCUGGCAUGGUGGCCCCCUCCUCCCUGUGUCCCCAGAUUACACUGGGAAUCCUUUCAGCCCACUUUGCUUUUCCUCAGGAUGCCGUUUGGCUGCCUUGGACUUCGGGAUGACAAGAACUACAACAGCCUCUCUGACAUCAUGGACAAGUAUGAGAUCGGGCAGCUGCUGCGGGCGAAGGAGUUCUGCGAGAUUUGUGUGGCCCGCGAACGCCAGACAGACAGACUGUAUAUCUGUAAGAAAUUUCUCAAGAAAGACGGGCGCAAGGUGCGAAGGGCAGCCAAGAAUGAAAUCCUCAUCCUGAAGAUGGUGAAUCACCCCAACAUCUUGCAACUGAUUGAUACCUUUGAGACAAGGAAGGAAUUCUACAUCAUCCAGGAACUGGCCACUGGUGGGGAUGUUUUUGACUGGAUCCUGGACCAGGGCUACUACACGGAAAAGGAUGCCAGCAAUGUUGUCCGGCAAGUGCUGGAGGCAUUGGCCUAUUUACAUAACCUGCACAUAGUUCAUCGCAAUCUCAAGCUGGAGAAUCUCAUGUACUACAACCAGAACAAUCGCUCCAAGGUGGUACUGCGGGAUUUUUACCUCUCACGCUUCGAGAACGGGGCCAUCACAGAACCAUGCGGGACCCCUGAAUAUUUGGCUCCUGAAGUGGUUGCUCGGCAGCGCUAUGGACGUCCUGUUGACUGCUGGGCUGUUGGAGUUAUCAUGUUUAUUCUGCUGUCAGGGAACCCCCCGUUCUACGACGACACAGAUGAUGAGAACAGCAACAGCCACAACCGCCGGAUAUUCCGCAAAAUUCUGGCUGGGGACUACGACUUUGACUCCCCCUAUUGGGAUGACAUCUCUCCUGCUGCCAAAAAAUUGGUGUCACAGCUUAUGGAAGUUGACCAGGACCAACGAAUCACUGCCCAGGAGGCACUGGGACAUAUCUGGAUAUCUGGAAACAUUGCCUCUGAAAAGAACCUCAAGGAAGGGGUCUGCGCCCAGAUUGAAAAGAACUUUGCCAAGGCCAAAUGGAGGAAAGCCAUUCGUGUUACUACGUUCAUGCAACGUCUCCGGGCUCCCGAUGCCGGUGGCCGUCUGCCCGUGACUCCCCGUUCCUCCAUGAGCGUUGCUCAUGAGGUCACCAUUGAGGCACCCAGGCUGGCCGAACGUUUGGAGACUCCAUGCGCACCGCAGGAGCAGCAGAACAAGACAGAGGAAGUGACGGAGGUGGAGGAAUAAUGGCCCCUGCUUCCCCAACCCCAUAUUCUGGUGCCUUCUCUGCUCUUGGAAGGGAUGGGUGGGGUCUGUGGGAUGGUAGUUAGGGUAGUUAUGGGGCAAGGAACUUGGGAGACCCUUAGCAGUGUUAUUCCCUCCCCGCACCCCUGCCAUUGGUCAGGAGCAGGAGCUAUUUGGAUGGACAGGC